AUGAAGAGCCGUCACCUCAAAGCCUUCCGUGGAGGAAGUGUCCAAAAAGAACUCGAGGAGCUUAUUUCCGACCAGAUUCAGCCUUGGAUGAACAGCUGUCGUGAACAGCAUGCAGACCACGAACGCUGUGGUACGAAAUACAUAUCAUCAGUCCUACCAACUCGACUACUUGACGUUGGUGAGACAAAUAGCCCUUGGGUCACACUUGUUGAGGUCAAAAAUGUCACUAAUCUCCGAGACCUGGAGUACCUCAUCCUGAGCUAUUGCUGGGGCAAUGGAAACGAGAAUUCCAAAACGAUAGAGAGUAAUCUCGAGAUGCGCUUACGGGGCUUUACUAUAUCGGAAGUCUCAAGAACUAUCCAAGACGCCAUUCUGCUGACAAGACUGAUGGGCUUCCGAUACUUAUGGGUAGAUGCAAUAUGCAUUAUCCAGGGGCCAACUGGUGACUUUCACUCGGAGUCACCUAGAAUGGGAGAUUACUACUCCAAUGCUGCGUGCUGUAUCUCUGCAUCAGCUACAAAAGAUAGUCAGGAGGGCUUUUUGACUGAACGCCCGCUCGCGAGAUUUCCUAUGAACGAUAUUGCCAUCAAGUUUCGAAACGGGGAUGGUGUGUGCAAGAGAGCGCACUUUCAAAGCGGAUACUUCACUGGACUCUACAAGGACUUUAUCUUGAAUGUCAAAGUUCUCUCUUCCCAGAAGGCUCCAAAGUCCCGUUUGAACAUCAAUCUGAUCUUUGGGGGCGGACAGCAAGAGAAAUAA